AUGGUGGAAAACGUGGUACUGGACGUUGUUGCUGGGUGUUAUGAGCAAAUUUUGUUUGGCUUCGAACUGCGAGAAAAAGAUGAGAGCUUUGUACUGGAAUCACGUUUUACAGAACACAGUCACACUGGGUGUAUCAAGUGUGUAUCAAUGAAUGAUACAUACCUAGCGUCUGGCAGCUCUGAUGAGACGAUUCAUCUAUAUAAUAUUAAAAUGAAAUCAGAAAUUGGUACAUUGAUGCAGCAUGAAGUUGGUGAAUUGAUUCAGUUUUCACCUAGUGGUGAUUGUUACAUAGUGGUCUUUGACAGUAAACUUGAUGUGUACAGUCUUGCAAGUGCUAGUAUAAAACAUACCAUUGACGUUGGAUUCAAAGUAUUCACUGCAGUCUUUAUAUCUGAAGAUAUUCUCGCCGUGGGAGGAGAGAGCGAAACUAUUAAAAUAUACAGCAUUGAAAAUGAGAAAUGUGUGUGUGAAUUCAAAGCUCAUGAGAAAAGAAUUAAGGGUAUAGCAAGUGUAGUGAACCCCAGACAAGCUGAUUCAUCCAAUGUGAGAUGGUUGAUAUCUGCGUCUAGUGAUGGAUUUAUUAAAAUAUGGACUGUUGAUUUAGACAAGAUAUCAAAGACUCCAUCUCUUCUAACAGAAGUGCAAACAUCUGCAAGACUUACAUGUCUAGCAGCUGUUGUAAGGAAAGAAAAUGUCAAGAAACUGAGGAAGAGCAAACGUAAAAGGAAAGAAAAAAAUAUUGAAGAGGAGUUAGUGAUCAAGGAGGUAAAAUUCCCUGUUAAGGAGAGUAAGAAGAGGAAAGCCAUAGAAACAAAAGACGAGAAAAAUUCCAAGAAGAAAAGGAAAGACAAAUCUAAAAAGAAGAAACGAUCAAUUUCAAAAUAA